AUGACUGGCAAAUACACUAAGAGUUCAGUCGAUAUUUCGAAUCCUUCCGAAGAAACAAUUGAACUAUCAAAAAUGAUUAAUCUAAUCGACGAGAAUGAGAAUAUACCACUUCUUUCCUUGGACGAAGCGAUCAAUCCACUUCGUGUCGUUGUUCCAGAGCUUGAACAGAUGGUUUUGAUAGUGAGAAAAGUUAAUAAUACAUCACCAAAUAUUUUUAAAAUUGAUGAAUCACAUUCCAUCUUAUUAUGUACGAUGAAAUCGACGCCCAUAGAUACAUCGUUUCGUGUGAUUCUCAACAAUAUCUUACAAACAAGAAAUCUAACACUAUUGAAACCAUGGUUGUAUGAUAUCAAACUAUUAAUGACAGCUUUAAGUAAACUUACAACGAAUUUCUCUCGUAUUACUGUUUAUCGUGCUGUAAAAUUGAAUUGA